AUCGAGAGAUAUAUGUGAAAGACUUGUUAAACACUUAUAUAAAUUUAAACGGUAUACGCAUGCGAGUAUAUUAAAUGGUGGCAUUCGUGGGAAGUAACAAUGUUAACGUGCCUUUGAGUUACGUAGAAUAGCCUAACGAUGGCGAUAUAAUCGCAGCGAGGGUCGAUGUUUUUGUAACGUGCGUAUACGAGUGCCCGAAAGCCAGCCGUCGAGAUGCCGCAAAGGUUUCUGGGUAUGCGGAGGGAGCCAUAUUUUUCCAAUAUCAGUUACGCGAAAACAGCGUACGCAUAGGAUCUGCAGAAUGGAGUUUCGCUCAAUAGUUUAUGUCGAAGAAGUGUUUUACGAAAGGAAGUGAUUACGAAGUAAACGACGAGGGAUCAGUGCGAGAAAGCGAGGAAACUGUGUUAGUCAGAAUAUAAUAAGCGUACGUUUCCACGCGAUCAAGAAGUGAGGUUCGGUGAAAACGAUGAGCGCGGCCCGCGCAGGUGUUCGAGUCGAGAAGAGGGUUAGUUAACUUAACCCGAGUUCGUAACCGCGACCGGUGGUAGUGGUGGUAGUACUAGUGGUGGUGGUGGAGGCAGUGGUGGUGGUGGUGGUGGUGGUGCUACUGCUGCUGUGACGAUGACACAGCGUCAUAACACGACGUACGUCCGUCCGUGCGAUUUAACGUGAAUUGUUACGGCAAUAUAAAGUGUUUUUUAUACCGAGAGUGUAUUCGCGCCAUUACCGAUCGAGCGAGCCGUGGCUCGGUCACGAUUAACCUUUACGUAUUCAGUGUCGAAGAAAAUGGCUUUCUUCUAUAGUGUGUGAACGAAGAUUCAAAAUAGCAUAUUUUUUUUAGUGACAGUGGCUUAUAAUGACAUAAUUGAGUGGUAUUCAUUAAUCGAAAAGUGCGUCUAUGUGAAACGGAGUAAUUAGAACUGCGACCACGAAUAAAGCGACAAGACCAUGGCAAUGACACAACGACCUUAACUAUUUAUCCGACAAAAUUAAAUUUUUCUCAUUUACAAACGUAGUACUAUUUUCACCAAAGUUGACUUGGAUGUUGUUCGUCGAUCUACAACAUUCGCUAAAAUUUCCUACUUUAAACGCAGUUUUCCAGCGUAACCUACUAUACCGCGUUACGUAUAACAGCGUGUUCAAGAGUCUAGGUUAGUUGAAUGCUUGGCCCCAUUGUGUUGUUUGAACGCGACUGAAUCGGUAAACGAGACAAAUGAAUGAAUCGUCGCUUUGUAAAUCAACCUUGUAAAUGACAACAGACGCGUAAUUUUCUAAUAAACAAUGUUAUUAUUUACUGUACGUCAAACGGGUAUUUGGGAAUGGAAAUUUUAAAAGAAAUUAUUCUUUUUUUAUUUUUUUUUGCUCCAAAUGUCAUAGAAUUUAUUUAAGAAUAUACGAUUUACUAUAAGUAAUUAUCCAAUUUUUUUAAAUGUUUUCUCAUAGAAGAAAUCUCUUAUUCCAUACGAAUAUAAAAAAAAGUAAAAUAACGUUUUCAUUUUCGAAACGAAUUAUUUUUCACGAAAAUAUAUAUCGAUCAAAUGGAAAAAUGUUGAUCUAUCAUUUAUGAUCUAUUAUCAUAUUGUUUUCUAUGAUAUAUAAUCAUCGAACAAAGAGAAUAAUACCGAUCAUUUUACCGUGAUUUCCGAUUUUACAUUAAAAUUACGAACAAUCAACGAAACUAGUACGAUGGUAGAGUAUACCAAUCACAAGAGAGAGGUUAGACGGGCAUUGACCGGUGAAUAGCGCGUGUCUUUCGUCCGACGGAUACUCUCUAAUUUCAAAAUCUUGGCACCGUUGUUAUAGUCUGUGAUCAUCUACGAAGAAAGUGUUUGUGAGCGUGUUCGCGAUUUAAAAAAUUUAUCGAGAAAUUAAAAAAAAAAGAGAGAGAGAGAGAACGAUCGGUGAACCGUCCAUCUCUGGUAUGCGGUGUACGGUGAAGCCAAGGAUGUCGAAUAACAAGAUCGUGUAUGGCAGGUGUGAGAUUCGAAUGAUCGAUGAGCGUACGUGGGCAAGAGGAACGACCGAUAGAAAGCGGUGGAUUUCGGUGGUGGUAGACGCGUGAUCAUUUCCGUUUAUGGGAGGAUGCGGCAGAACCUGGAGGUAUCUCCACGUAGGCGUGCUACCUGCGUCCCAGUGAUGUCCGUGUCGGGGUUACUUGCAGCGCUGCUGGACCUGGACCAUGGCCGGCAAGCCUGAGCAGCCGUCCACACACCCUGCUCUCCCGACUCACGGACAUCAGCAUCAACACCACCACCAUAAUCAACAACAACAACAACAACAACAACAGCAACAGCAACAACAGCAACAAGAACAUCCUCAACACGCACAGGGGAUUCAACAGAAUAGCGUUCUAGUCUACGUUUCGGGGGAGAAUUUUGCGUACGCGACGGCGGUCGGUCAGAAUGCCGCCGCCGCUGCUGCUGCUGCUACCGCAGUCGGCUAUCAGUCUCCACAGCAGGCAACGUACGCCGGCAUUCUGCCGCCGCAGGUGGCGACGGCGGCGGCGACGUUUCCCGCCAAAACCGCCAUUUACUGCAACGAUAACAACGGCACCGUUGGAACUACAACGGUCAACAAUUGUUGCCGGUUAAAACCGCUCGAAUAUGUGUCCACCGAUGGAGAGUCGAGCCGAUCGGCACGAUCCGUGUCCACCGGUAACACCGAAGACGAAGAAGAUUAUGGAUCGAUCGUGUCCAACAACGGUUUACUGUACAGACAGACGACGAAUCUGGUUCAAACGACCGGCACGUCCACGACCACCACGAUGACGUGUGUGGCGGCGGCGUGCGACGGCAAAAAUCCGGAAAACCGAAAUCCAUUGGAAAACGAUUCGAGCAAUACCGAGAACCUCGCAACGAACAACGUGGAGCCGAUCUGUAGGGUGAACGUCGGUGAAAUGCUACCCAACAAAUUAUUUCCAACGAGGAUUCACGGCGACGUUUAUCCAUCGGGGGCGAGAUUGACCGACGGUUACAACGGUGGCGGUAGUCAGAUCGCGCAAGGGAAUCCCGGGGAGGGUUGCGUCGGUGUUUUAAGCGACGACGCCUGUGUCGCGUACGUACGAAACGAACCGUCUCAAGGGUCCGCGAGUGUUUUUCAAGGCGACAGUGUGGAACAACGUAGCAUCAAUAUGGAGGAGAAAAGCCGGCAACAGGACGGUUUCGAUAACCAAACCGGCUCGUCGCUCUCUUCGUCCGGUUCGAAUGUCGGUGUCGUCAGUAGUGGUGGCGGUAGUGUUGUCGUUAUCGGUAGUGGUGGUAGUGGUGCGACUAGCUGUGACUCUGUCCGAUCUGAUACCGGUGAAUCGUCCACGUAUAGCAGCCUGAGCAGCCCCGAAAGUCAAAGUCAAUCGGCACACGAUGGUUUGUCUGCCGCGUCGGUUAACGGCGGCGGUUCGUGCGCGCAGCAGGCUGCGCGUCAGCCGCCGCUUUCGCGCAUCAACAAUUCGAACAAUAACAACGUCGUUCAACAAAAUGUAGUGCUGACAAUGAACGGUAGUGCGGUGGUUACGCAGCAACAGCAGCAUCAGCAACAAGCGAUUACGGUACCACGUGGAUGGAAAAGGAUAUGCACCAACGGCGUCAUCAUUUAUAUCAGUCCAAGCAGCACAGCGCUGGGUUCGCUGGAUCAGCUGAAGGAGUACCUGACAACAGUGGGAACCUGCAAAUGCGGUCUCGAGUGUCCGCUAAGACCCGAACAGGUCUUCAACUUCGACCCCAAGGUUGUGACACGACCUUGGAGCCCGGAUCAGGGCAAGACGCGGGAGAUGACCAAGCUGUGCAACCAUAAGAGGAAACUUUUGCUGCCAACUACGGCGGCUGCCAGUCCUGUUGCAUCCUGUACACCGGCGGUCUCCUCGGCUUUAUCCGCCGGACCGGGCGCAACCGCGAUCCACGUGAACGCAGACUCGCCCACCUCGCCUGACAAAGCCAGGAAAGAUGGUCUCAACAAGAAAAAGAAGAGGAAAAUAGGGGGGAUAGGAAACAUUUUCUCCGGAGUCUCUGUCUCGCAACUUAUGGCACAACGUGAAAGAGCUAUCGUUACGGCAGCUGGGGUGCAAGGAUCGCCAGUGCCGAAUGGAUCGCAGGUGUGGCCAAUCGCGAUACCCAAUUUGCAAGUUCAACAGAGCAACCAACAAAUCUGUCAUCAGACGCUGAAUUCACCUUCGCAAACUCAAGAUAUUAACGGCUGUGCAACCAGAAAUCCUCAGCAAAGGUUAGGUCAGCAUAAUAUGUCCGGGAUGCUUAUGGGAAAUUCGCUGAUAAUGAAUCAGCAGGGCACUAAUUUCAACAACAUGAGUCAACAGCAGCAACAAUUGCUGCAACAGCAGCAUCAACAGCUAAUAUUGCAGCAACAACAGCAGCAGCAGCAGCAACAACUUAUGCAACAGCACAUGUCCCAGCAGCAACAACAGCAACAGCAACCACCGCAACAGUUGAUGCCUCAUCAUCAGCAGAUGCAACACAUGCAAAUCUUACAACAACACGAGCAGCAACAUCAAAAUACGGUCGUGAAUCAGUUAACGCAACAACAAGCUCCCCAUUAUCUCAACCAAUUGAAUCAGCAACCGUUACACAUAAUGCAGCAACAGGAACAUUUGAGCCAGCAGCAACAGCAACAACAGCAGUUGCACAUGCAACAAAUGCAGAAACACAAAAUGCAGCAGCAACAACAGCAGCAACAACAGCAACAACAACCGCACAUGACUCAAGAAGUUGAUCAAUCGGGCAAUUAUCCUCAACAUUCGUCGGAGAAUUACGCGCAUCACAUGCAAUCCUCGCAAGUGACGGGUCAGGCUACUCUUCAUCCGCAGUUGCACCAAAUUCAUCAGCAUCAAUUGCAGCAACAAACGCAGCAGCAUCAAGCUAAUCAACACGUGAUGCAGGCAUCGGCGGACCAUUUUCAAAUGCAGAUACAGCAACAGUUACAGCAGCAGCAACAGCAACAGCAUCAACAUCAACAAGUACCUCAGGUGUGCGUGCAACCUCAAUAUCCUAAUCAACAGUUGAAUCAUCAUUCGUUGGAUGUGAUGCAACAACAAACUUCUGGUUCUGUGAUGAAUACCGCCGACAUGCAGAAUAGAUUGAAUCGUACGCCUUCCGUGACGGAGGAGGAAAUGAACGUGAAGCAGAUGCAACAGCAGCAACAGCAGCAGCAACAACAGCAACAACAACAGCAGCAGCAGCAACAACUUUUGUUGCACAAUCACGCGGUACAACGGCACCAUGUCGUACAAAAUGGAAACUUGUCGAACAAUUCGCACGAAAACAUGCAACGAAUGUAUACUCAGAAUCAAGUUCAAUAUCCCGUGAGAAAUUUCGACGGUUCGAAAGGGACUGUCGUAGAUGUGAAACAUCAGCAACAAUACGCUUUAUCGAACGUAGCGGGAAGGAGCCCGAAUACGAAUCACGGUGUUGAGGCACAGCCUGGAAUGGGACCAAACCCGGGCCAACCCGGUAACGUGCAUUUCAACUCGAGGACACCACCUUGGCAGCAAAAUCGAUCAGCUUCGGCCUCUCACCAACCUUCUCUCGUCACGGUCCAGAACAUCACCUGCAACUCGUUCGAUCGUGUCCCACCCCUGCAUCAUCACAUUCCACAAGCGUCCACCUGGACCGACGAAGUGGCGCGAAAGAAGGCCAAGUCUGGCAAGAUAAUCGUGAAGAAACAACGCCAGCAUAGCGUGACGGACGUUCGAAGUAACAGCCUCGAUCAAUCGGCCUCGAGUCCGAUCGACGAGUUCAACGAGAAGAGUCAACAGCAGAACAACAAUCAGAUAGGGUCGACCGUUAACAGCAGCGGUCCCUCGUUCCUGGAAGAUCCGAGCGGUUACCUCGCACAGCAGACCGCGUUGUUGAACAGCACGAUAUCGAGGCAGACCGGUGUCAGUAGUUCCCAAGUGGGAAUAGCCAAUAAUUCGAAGGCGCCGCAAACGAGUCACGGAUCGCAUUUGCCCAAUAACAGUUAUCUUCCACAACCAAAGCCUUCCUCCGGCGCUAGCCCUACCAGCACGUCGACCUUCAAUUCCGUGAAGAAUCACGCCACCUCGCCUGUGGUCGUGCACAGCAGCAUGACGCCGACUUCGAGCGGUGGUGGUGGGACGGAUUCGGAGAGUAGCCCUUGCCAAGGUUGCGUAACCAGCGCUGACACUCAAUCCUACGUUCAGGAUCAAUACAAACAACAAAUGCAACGCCAGUACCUGAUGCAUUCAGAUCAACGCGAGGAUCCUGUCACGUCGUCAACGUUCGGCGAACAGUAUCAGAACAAUCAACAACAAGCCGACUCGAGGCCGAUCCAAGGCGGUACCGUGAGCACCAGCCAUGGCUCGCCUAUCGGCACCAACAGUCCAGCGAAUUCGGACACGCCAGCUUCGUCGACACCCGGCAUAUCGCAGCCGGCCACGCCUCAAAGUCUUAUUUCGUCUCAACCGUCGACGCCCCACAGUUACUCGCAACCGCCUACACCUCAUUCGCAUUCUACUUCUUCUGGUCAGGUGCCAUCUCAACCUUUAACGCCCCAGGCUCAACAACCCUCGCAAUCCUCGGUGAGCAGCGUUGGGCAAGAGCAACGCGCGGAAACGCCUUGCUCCGCUGCAACGAGUUCAAACAUCGUAGUUCCUUCUAGCACACCCUCGUCGCAAACAUCCAGUUCCGGUACGGACGGUAUGUCGUCUCAGAUGACGAAGAGGCAGGCAACCAGGCAGUCGUCCUUGGACGGUUAUCAGCCGCAUCCCCAUACCGUAAACGCCGUCUCGAGAGUGCCGAUCAAUCAUUUCGCGGGUACGUCGUCGGUGAUAACCACGAUGGCCAGUGGUCAUACAGUUAGCAGUAACACCAUCACCUCUGUGCUGGCUGGAAGAGCGAAUACCGCCACUGUGUCGAUAAACACGCCCUCUGGAAUCCCGAAUCCAGCCAUACCCGAUAUACUUUCGAACAAACCUCAGCAUCAAGCGUCCUCGACGACAUUGACGAAUGUACCGACCACCGUCGUUCCUACGACUUCGUCCCUUCCGAAUAGUCAAGCGUCGAUAGCGAUAAGCGUCUCGAAAUCGCCAUUGGAGAUGGUUCAGAGCGUCGUGAGCAGCAUACAAGUACCUCAGGCCAGUACCAAUUCACCAGCGCAACCGCAAAAUCAACAACAACAGCAGCAGCAACAGCAGCAGCAGCAACAACAGCAACCGACUCAACAGCAUCCUCAGUCCAACGUGCAGGUUCACAACGUUCUUACGUCCGGUGGUAUAUUGAAACAUCCCGCCGGAUCUACUCUACCUCCUGGACACAUACUGGUGUCGAACGGCGGCCAACUAAUAAUGGCUAGCACGGGGUCGGGAAUCAACGGUGUCAUGGCACCGCCACCUCCGAAAAUCAUUUCCAACUCGAACUCUAUGCCACCUUUGUCGGUGUCCCCUAUGGUGACCAGCGUGACAGGUGCUGUUAGUCAGGUGAUCCCAGCUGUGGGGAUGGCGCAGCAAGUGAUCGGGCAACCAACGGUGCUCGUCAACACUAUACAGACCCCUGUCCUUAUCCAACCCGGUGUCAUGACGAUGGACAGCAUAGGCCAGAACGUUCAGAUACCGCAUCUAACAGUAGCAACUGGGAACGUGAUACAGAAUGCCCAGUCGAUCCUGGACGCGAAUCAGGACGUGGCGAGGAGCGUGAGCGCUAAUCAGGGGAUGGUGAACAGGCAACCGGCGUUACUCUCUCCCGAAUCGGCAAUGAGCAAGAAGAAGGCGUACAAGAAACGAAAAGCUAAUCCGCAAACAGUGGCCUCGAUGUUGCACAUCGCCUCGUCCCAGCAGAACGCGGGCAUGUUGAUGCAAUCGCAGUCGAACUUCGCGCAGCAGAACUUCCAGACUCAGAGCAUAGGCGGACCGAUGUUGCAAGCAUUGACUAUUGUUCCCGGGAAAGGUGGAGCCCCGGCUCAAUUGGUAAUGAACGGGCAGGCUGGCGCAACGUCGGCGCAGUUCAACGCUCAACAAAUCAUCACGAAUCCCCAACCGACUCAGCAAAUAAAUCUUCUGCAACCGGUGAAUUUGUUGAACGGCGCCGCUGGUAUGGUGCAAAAUUUCCCCACCAUACAACAGUUCAUCGUACCUGGUAUAGGGAGUAUGGUGAUGUCCGCGGACGGGACGGCUACCUUGCUCCAGGACACGGGAAAUAUCGGUAUGCAGCUGCAGAUCCAGAACGUGAACGGUCAGAACGUGUUGACUCCAGUGCAGAGCCACAGCGGAAUAUUCAAUCCGAGUCAGAGCAUUCUGGCAGCUGGUCCUGCUGGAAUGGUGAUUCGGGCGCCGCAAGCCACCGGAGGGAAGAUAAUUCAACAGCACAGCCCCGGCGCGCAAUUCCUCUCCCCGAACAGCGGACAAUUUUUGGUGAAUGGAACCACGUCGUUUGGGAAUCAAUUGAGCCCGAUAGUGGCGAACGUGAGCCCGAAUCAGCAGGUGACUUUCAACGCAUCCCAGGUACGACCGACAAACAUGCAGGGCCAGCAGGAAUUCAUACAGAUGAACGGGCAGACAUUGAUGGUUCCUUGCGGGACAGCGCAAAAUAUCGCCGUUUCGUCUGCCCCCAAUCAACAGAACACGACGUUCGUUCAACAGAACACCACGAUCGUGCAGCAACAGACGACCAUGGUAUCUAACAAUCAGAUACCUAAUUUUCAAGCUGCGGCUUCUAACGGAACCACGGUCGAUCCUUCCUUAAACAUCGAUCACAAUCAAUCGUACAUCUUGAGUUCUGGAAUGAUUCAAGGAAAGGCGCCUACCUCUCCUAAGAGUAGCGUGAAUUCGCCCUCCUCGGAGCAGAACGUUGAACAACAGCAGUACGUUCUUGCGAGCAGCAGCACGACCGUGGUCGAGAAAACGGGUCAACAGAGCGAUCAACACAGUCCUCUGAUGGCAAGACACUCGGUGUCCACCCAGACAGCUGGAAACCAAGCGAAUAUGGCUCAAUCGGCUAUGAUGAGGCAAGGAUCACCGCCUGAUACUACCACCCACAGCCCGGGGAAUAGCCAAAGGUCGAACAGUCCAGCUGUGGACACUACGACGCAUGGAGCUGCUUCACCUGCACCACCGAUCACAGCUAGACAUCAUUCGUCGUCCACGCCGAUGGUUCAUUGCGUGUCGAGUAGCGAACCGGACUCGGGCGACGUUCCAGUGGCGUCUGAAGAUUGGAGGAUUCAGGGUAUCACGACGAAAGAGAUCACGCUUAGUCAACCGGGUCUCCAUGGGAAAACAUACGUGGAGUCGACGGUUACUACUGGGAUCCAGAUCUAUACGUCAGAGACGUUGAAGCAAGCCGAAGGUGUGGUGAGCACAGUGAGGUGCGAGGGCAGGGAACAUGCCCUCGGCCGCGGAAUCAAGCGAAAGCUGGACUCCAUCCAUUCCAUGCAUUCUACCCUGCAUGAAGACCAAGAUGUAGCCGAGGCAAAGUCGGAGGAGAAGAGCCAGAGGAAACUGGAGGUGGGUGAGCUAGUAUGGGGCGCCGCAAGAGGAAGUCCGGCGUGGCCGGGCAAGGUCGAGUCUUUGGGCCCACCGGGCACCAUGACGGUGUGGGUCCGUUGGUACGGGGGCGGGGGCGGUCGGAGCCAGGUCGAGGUCAAGGCUCUCAAGUCCCUCUCCGAAGGCCUCGAGGCGCACCACCGUGCGCGAAAAAAGUUUAGGAAAAGUCGUAAAUUGAACAUGCAGCUGGAGAACGCUAUACAGGAGGCGAUGGCCGAGCUGGACAAGGUGACGGAGUCGAGCAAGGAGCAGAAGGUCGGCGGGAAGUCGUGCAAGGUGUCGAGCGGAAGCAAGGAGUGCGGCAACGCAGGCUCGAAGCAGGAUGGGAAGAGGUCGUCGUCGAAGAAGGCGUCUGUCGGUUCUGUGAAUCCUGUCGCGGCUGAACAGAAACAGUGUCGGUGAUCCGUGUCGAUGGAUCCUCGUACCAGUCAAUUUGAUAGAUCACGAUGAUGAUAAACGCACUGUUCCAUCUGUGAACCAUAAUCAAACGUGUUAAUUUUGUGAUUGAGAAACACCGACACCGAAAAACUUCCGAACUACAACUCUUGUUUUUUAAAAUUCUCGACUGACACGUACAUAACACGUACACACGCGCAUACACACGCAUACAUACGGUGUUUCCGUUGAUAACAAAAAGAAAAAAAGAAAGAAAGAAAGAAAGAAAGAAAGAAAAGGCGUUGGAAAUCUCGAGCGUUGUAUUCGAUAAAAUGGAUGCUUAAUUGGAAAAAAUUUUUAAUCGUCGAUAAUCCUUUUUGACCGGAUGACAAAUUUUAUGAUAAUUUGUAAUUCUUCUUUGAUAAUGAAAUUUCGGAUCGGUUUUGUCGGGGCACAACGCGUCGAGAUUUUGAAUUUUCCUAAAGCUUUACGAAGAAGAUUAGAUUUCAAAUUUUUCGAAUUUGAUAUAGUUAUUCGAUACAGACUUCUGUAUUGCGAUCACAAUAAUUAUGUAAAGUUGAAUUGUAACUAUAUAAUUAUAAUUAGAAUUGUGUAAAAUUAUUUUACAUUGUCUUAUGGGGAAGGGAGGGGAAUGGGAGGAAUCGAUCGAAUAUGUAACGAAUUUUUCACGUUUGAAAAUUCUUACGAUGGCCGAUAUGUAAUAUAAAUAUGGAAUGAUGGAAGUCGCAAUACGGAAGUGAAAAAUUGUUGAAUAAAAAAGAAAAGGAAAGCGUAGAAUAUAAGCGAAAUUAAUUGUUGUAUAUACAUUUUUCUUCUAUUGGAGUAAAAAAUAAGAAUUGUUCACAAUUUUAGAGAAUUACAGGAUGCUAAAUAAGUAUCGUUCUUUCAAAGAUGAAGGAAAAAAAAAAGAAAAGAAAAUAACAAGAGAAAUCAAUAUCCAGUGGUCCAGUUUAUUGAAAAUAACAAAAUGAUGAAUCCAUGAACAUUCGAAAUAAUAAAUUAAUCUUACGAUUGCCCUGAUAGAAAUCAAAAGUAGUUAAAAGUAGAGAUAAUGAAUAAUACAUUUUUUUCUCGCGAUGACACACAUUUAUUUUUUAUUUCUUUUUUUUUUUUUUUCUCUCCUGUAAAUAGACAUCGACAUCAAACCAGGAAUGAAAGUUUUUAGAGAUACCGAUGAAUUUUCUCGUUCAAAUACAUUACGUGUUAAUAGAGGAAGCGGAAAAGUCAAUCGAAUGUGAUCGAAGCGACUGAAUUGUAGAAAAAAAAAAAAGAAAAGAAAAAAAAAUGAAAAAUAUUACGUAAUUAAUAAAACGAAUUAAUAAAAGAAAAAAAAGGAAACGAAAGAUUUUUAUCAAUCGAAAGUCGGUCGAGAUACAUAUUCGACGUGAUAUAGGAUUAAUUCGUCGUUAUUUCCCCGCAAUAAUUUGCCGUUAGCGAGCAUGAUCAAUUCGAAACGGAAUUUUUCAGAUUUGAUUCUUUCGCAAACAAUCGGCCACUCGCUAAUUAAAAAAGAAGAGCAAAUUGUUGCUAAACAUUGCGCGUAAAUCGUAAAAAAAAAAAAAAAAAAAAGAAAAGAAAAAUAUUCUAUCCUCGACAAUGGGCCCUGUUAAACGCUUAAUUUGUUAAGAAUAUUUUUAAAAAUUUACUUGACAUAUUUCUGAAACGAAAAAUUGUUGGAUUUGCGCAUCGUCAGAUAUUUUUCUUUAACGUCGGAAUGAGCGGAGAGAAUGGAAUGGAAAUUGUAAAAAAAAUGUAUUUGUAAUUAGAGAAAGUCAUUAGUGGUGAGAGAGAGAGAGAGAGAGAAAGAGAGAAAGAGAGAAAUAAUAAUUAUAUAUCGACCUGUCAACUGGCGUGAAACUGGCCUAGAGUAUUCUGCAUUCUUCGUGUUAUUGCACUUAUGCAAUGUAAAAACUACAUACGGAUAGUAAAAAAAAAUCAUCAUGCUCAGAAACAGGUUUUGAUUUUCGAGAAAAGGAAUGCACGUAGUUGGUUGGCAUCGAUUGUAUAAAAAAAAAAAAAAAAAAGAAAAAAUAUCAUACGUGCAGACUAUAGCUUUUUCCUUGAUAGUUGACGCAAUUUCUGUGAAACUAUAGUAGAUUUUUAGCAGAGACGAAAUGUAUUUUAUUCACCGACUCGAACUAUAACGAGAGAGAGAGAGAGAGUGAGAGUGAGAGUGAAAGAGAGAAAGAGAGAGAGAGAGAGAGAUAGAGAAAAGAAAGAGAAGAUAUUAUGAUUACGCGAGAAGAGAACGAACGCGAUAUAACGAUUCUCGCAACUUUCGAACUGGAGACGUUGUUUCGAAUGUUACAUUAACAUUCACGGACACAAGAUGAUGUGAUAAGGGGGCAUAAGAGGUAUUUGUAUCUUGAAGACUUACGUAAUCGCGUGUAACGAGUUAGCAUCCGGUGUUCCAUUUUAGAAUGACGAAUACACUUUCGUACAUAUAUACAUACAUACACACACAUACACACGUCACCAUGAUUCCCUUAUCUUUUUUUUUUUUUUUUUUGGUUAUUUUUAUCGCACACGCGCGAGUGUGUUUACGCUUACAUUCAAGAUGCAGAAACAGAAGAGUACUACGUGUAGGUGUUAAAAAUGAUAUUUUUGCGAGAGAAUCGAUAUUACAGUAUCUAUAGAGAGAAAGAGAGAGUGAGAGUGAGUGAGAGAGAGAGAGAGAGAGAGAGAGAGAGAGAGAGAGAGAUAUCCAAUGUUUCCGAUCGAUCAUUUUUUUUAAACGGCUAUACGUAAGUGUACAAGAUGUAAAUUGUUUUACCGGGUUGCGCGAGUAAAUAUCGAAUAACCUCGACACGUUGAAACAUUUUUUUAAAUCACGACCGGUUGCACGGAGCCGGCGUUUUCUUUUUCUUUUUUUUUUUUUUUUUUUCGAUCCGAGUAAUAAUUUUUUAACGGAUGUAAUCCUUUAGGUGAUAAAAUUAUAUUCGUGAUUCGAUAUUACCGCGAACGAAAAUGAUAAAUGGAUCUAAAAGCGUAGAUAGAGAAACUCGAAGUCUCUGCGAAAUUGUCGUAUUUCCGAUUUUUAAUCGGGCAUACGCUGGAUUUUUCACUUUUAAAAAGACCGAGUCUUUCGAGUAACAUAACGUAAAGAGUCAAUUUUGGUUAAAAAAAAAAAAGGGAAAAGAUAGCGAAGAAAAAAAGAAAAAAAAAGAGAAAAAUGAAAAGAAGCGUGAAACGCUGAGAAUAUUAAAGAGUCAUAGCGAAGAUUUCCAUUAUUUUCCAAGUUUGUGCGUUUUAACACGCACUUCUCUCUUCUAACAUUUUUUUUUUUUUUUCUAUUUUUUUCGUUUUUUUUUUCUUUUUUCUUUUUUCUCUAAUCUCGAUCGUACUCGAUAAGCGUGUAAUUCAUCUUUAUUUUUGUAUUGACGCAAAAAUCCAAAAACUACACACAGCGUUAUCACACAGCGCACAAUUUAACUCCGAGACGCGAGAAAUGUUCCUUUGAAAGCAUGCACGCAUAAAUAUGUACAAAACCAUACAGAGCGAAUCUUUAAAAGUUAGUAGAAUAUACGAGUAUUAAAUGGAUAUUUUAUUUCGACUAUCCGGUUGAGAAACCAUUGUCUAGAAGAAAAUAUUUCGAUCCGGGAUUAAACUUUCGAUUAAUACGUUGCUUAUCAAUCGAAAUCAAGUAAAAAUGAAUCGUUUUCUCAAUUCUUCCACGUGUGAAUCGAAAAUAAAUUAAAGAAAAAAAAAAAAAGAAUGAGCGUGACAAUACGCGAUAUCCUUGAUAUCGAUCGAUUUUCAUUUCUGUUCAACAGGAAGAGAUGUUGAAAAGUUCGAUUGGAUUUGAUGAUGAACGAGAAUCGAGCUUUCAAAAGUUUGAUUCGAUGCAAUUUGAUGAGCAACGUGUUAAGAGCAAAAAGUAUUCGAUAGUUCUAAAUACACAAUAGACAGACAAUAAAGAAAAUGCAAGUAUCAAAAGAGAAAGAGGAUUGCGCGAAUUCUUUUUAUGACUCGUUACUUCGACUUUCGAAGGAGAACAUUCUCUCAGUCGAGCGAAUUAUUCUACGAAACUGUCGAUUAUUCGUUGCUAGAAAAAAAUGCGCGGAAAAAAAGUCUGGAUCAUUCUGGAUGGAAAAUCAAAUAAUUCUUAAAAUUUCUAUAACCUUUCCACAUUGUCGUGAAACUGUAAUUUUUCUAACUGGUCUCAACGUGAACUUUGAACUGUGAAAGAAUACUGUGCGAAGUAUUCGUAAUUUCCAAGAGGAUCAAUCGUUUUCUAAAUUGUUAUUUGAUAAUAUACAUUACUUUUAUUAACAAUUGUAAGACGUAACAGUUAUAGUUUCGUAAAUUAUCAUUUAUUUCAAAUUCUACAUCUAAUUUCUAUAUUCUAGAUCCCUAAAAUCCUCUAACAAUUUCAAAAAUUCAUUGUGAAAUUCUUUGAGGGAUUAAAAAAAUUAAACAUAACGUUGAAAUUUGAAACUUUGAACGAACAGUUAAUAGAAAUUAGUUUCAUUUGUCUUUAAAAAAAAAAAGUAUUUAAUAGAAACUUAAAUUAGACGAAUCAUUCUCAUUACAAUUCUUCACGAUGCAAGGAUCAUCAAUGUUUAUGCAGCACGAAAGUACGAUCAAAAUCUUUUAAGAUUUUAUUCCAAGGAAUAAAAUUCGUUCCUUUCCUGUCGAAUAGCAACGAAUAAUCGCCUUUUUUUGAAACGGCGACCCAAGUCACGCCGUUCACAAAUAUUUCACACUUUCUCCACAUUUAUUCACGCGCCUCUAAUAAACAACGGUACAUCAAAUCAAAUCAAAAGCUCGCGGCAAGACUGACGUGUCGCCGGGCCUUUCCUUCGAAUUCAAAAGAUGGUCUCGUCUUUUAUCAAAAAAGAAAAAAAAAAGAAAAAAAAAAGGACAAAAAAAACGACGAGACGAUUAAAACAAAGAGACACUUAGAGCCUCAGGAAGACCAAAACAAAAUAAAUAAUUAAUUAAUUAAAUAAAAGAUGCAUUAUCUCAGAUUCGUAGAUUUCCGUUUUUUGAUCAGUGUGGCGAAAGACAUAUCACCGGCCGUGGAUGACGAUUUUCGAAUAAAGGUAUCGGUACAGAUUUUUUCGAAAAUGAGGAACGAAAAUGGCGGACGAGAAAGGGGAAAAACGUAUCUCGUUCUCGAGAACGAAAAAAAAGACUAAUUUCUUGUCCUUUCGAAGAUCCUUGCGAAGAAAAACGCGCAAACGGCUGGCAAAUCGCUAUUACACAAUAUGGGACCGUUUUUUAAAGAUAAGACAGUUUUUAAUUUUAUCGUUCAAUUCCCUCGCCCAGUCGACGGCCAUGCCGCGGAAUAUGAUUUCGCGGCACUGCCUCCGUAUAUUGCUAGUUUCGUAACACAUCGAUCCAGAGGUCGAUUAUUCGACGCGCGUGGAGGGGGACCAUUUUUUUUUCGUCCCCUCUCCCACGGCGUGGUUCUCUGACAAACCGUCAACCGUGGUGGAGAUUGAUAAAUUUAUUACAAAAAAAUAAAAAGAUGUAAAAAAAAGGAAAAAAAAAAAAAAGAAAAGAAAAGAAAAAAAGAAGAAUAAGAGAUAAGAUAAAAGAACAGUAAAGACUUACCUCAGUAAACGUAAAUUGUAAACGCAAGAAUCAAACGUCUUUAUGAUCGAGAGUAUACACCGUAGAGCCGAUGUCCUUUGUAUAUUUUCCGUAUUGUAAAUAAUUAUACAUACGCCUUAUCGGUAAUUAAUCGCUGUACGAUAACCGUCGACCUUGCGCAUUAUUUAAUAUAUAUACAUACACUGACACACAUACACACACAUACACACAUACACACAUAUAUAUAUAUAUAUAUUAAAUAUUAAAUUUAUGCGAAUUCAUUGGAAUUCAAUGAAACUUGUGUAAAAACUUGCAGAAAAAGCGACGCGUGUCGAGAAAGAUACUUCGAUCUAGCGAAAAAAAUCAAUGCUUUAAUUAUUGUGAAUUAAUAAUUUAGCUUUCGAUGAUUUUUUUUCUUUCUUUUUUUUUUUUUUCUUUUUUUUAACGAAAGGUGAAACGAAUUUUACGAAUUUGUCCAACAAUUUUUAAAUAUCAAUUUUUGUACAUAUUACGUUUGUUUAUCCAUUGUUUGCGACGUUUUUUAAUCACUGUAAUUUUUAAUAUACCGAGAAUUGAGCUCUGUUAGCACUGUUUGUAUAUGUGUAACAUUCUUUUUUUUUCAUUAUUUGAUUUAUUUUGUUAGUUAUUAGCCGAUGCUAUUAUUAAUCAUUGUCCAGUCUGUGUUUCCGAGUUGAGAUUUGUUUCUCUAGGAAAAUAAAUUUUAGCGAGAAUAAUAAACACAUGCGUAUAUCUAUUUUUUGUGUUUUUGUUAUGCAAUUUUUUAUGUAUUAUUAUUAUUAUUAUUUCUUUUUUUUUAUCGAUGAUUUAUUCUUUUUUAUUCCUUUUUUUUUUCUUUUUUCACUACAAUAAGAUUUUUCAGCGAGAAUCACGACGGAGGAGGAAUCGCGUUGAUGAUAUAUUUAGAAAUUUUACAUUCAAUAGUAGUAGUAGUAUCGACCUGCGUUGCUUUUUCUCGAAAUCGAGAUCAAGAUCGAAUAUUAGAGAAUUGUAAGCAUAAAAUAAUGUGAAACGAAAAAAAAAAAGAAAGAAAAAAAAAGAAAAGAGAAAGAAAGAAAAGAAAGAAAGAGGCCUACGUUAAUCGACACUCUGUCUAUCUCUGUUUUUUCGUAUUUCAUUUUGCAAGUUGCGAGGGGCGGACGGGUACGAUAAAACAGUGACUAAUAAGUUAAACACAAGUUUAGCCAUGCGGCACGACUAGUAAUUGCGGGAAACAAAUUUUUUGGAGAACUAUAUAUACCGAUAGUUAUCGAUGUAUGACUGUGAGAGAGAGAGAGAGAGAGAGAGAGAGAGACACGAGGUUUUUUGGUAAAUAUUUAUUAUUAUUAUUAUUUAUCAAAAGAAAGAAAAAAAAGAAAAGAAAGAGAACGUAGUUAUAGUUAACGAAACGUUUCGUUCGAGCUUGUUAUGUUUUGAGAGAGAUCUAAAAGAAAAGGAAAAUGAAACGAGAGGCGACUUUUGUUUAUUGUCGCGUAACGUGUUAAUGAGAAUGAGAGAGAAAGAGAAAAAUUGAGUGACAGAGAGAGAGAGAGAGAGAGAGAGAAUGAGAGAGAAAAAAUUGCGAGGAAUGGACUGAGAAUUAGAGUGAAAUUAAACAAAAAAAGAAAAGAAAAGAAAGGAACGAUCGAUUGAGAUUGCAAAUUUUUUGACGAACGAACAUAGGUUUUAAGAAGUACCAAAAAACGAAAAAAUGAAAAAAAAAAAAAAAAAA